GGCUCCACCACGUCUGCGCUGUGCGAGCCACACCGCCCGCACACCCCACCGGCCGGCCACAUAGGCCCCGACGGCGACUCGAAGAUGACGGCCGGGCAGCUUCUGCGCACCGAGCCAUCAGCCCAGCCCCAGCGGGUGCGCCACAGCACCCCGCCGGCGGCACUCCAAGCAGACAUCGUGCCGUCGUACCCGCCGCCCGAGUCGGACGGUGACGAGUCGUGGGUCUGGUCCCAGAUCAAGGCGGAGGCGCGGCGCGACGCGGACGCGGAGCCGGCGCUGGCCUCCUUCCUCUACGCGACGGUGCUGUCGCACGCGUCCCUGGACCGGUCCCUGGCCUUCCACCUGGCCAACAAGCUGUGCUCCUCCACGCUGCUGUCGACGCUCCUCUACGACCUCUUCGUGGCGUCGCUCGCGGAGCACCCGUCCGUCCGCGCGGCGGCGGUGGCCGACCUGAUCGCCGCGCGGUCGCGGGACCCGGCCUGCGCGGGCUUCGCGCACUGCCUCCUCAACUACAAGGGGUUCCUGGCCGUGCAGGCGCACCGCGUGGCGCACGUGCUGUGGGCGCAGGGCCGGCGCGCGCUGGCGCUGGCGCUCCAGUCCCGCGUCGCCGAGGUCUUCGCCGUGGACAUCCACCCGGCCGCCACCGUCGGCAGGGGCAUCCUGCUCGACCACGCCACGGGCGUCGUCGUCGGGGAGACGGCCGUCGUGGGCGACAACGUCUCCAUACUCCACCACGUGACGCUGGGCGGCACCGGCAAGGCGGUGGGCGACCGGCACCCCAAGAUCGGGGACGGCGUGCUCAUCGGCGCCGGCGCGACCGUCCUCGGAAACGUCAGGAUCGGCGCCGGCGCCAAGGUCGGCGCCGGGUCCGUCGUGCUCAUCGACGUGCCGCCCAGGAGCACCGCCGUGGGGAACCCCGCCAGGCUGAUCGGCGGGAAGAAGGGCGAGGAGGUGAUGCCGGGGGAGUCCAUGGACCACACCUCCUUCAUACAGCAGUGGUCGGACUACAUCAUUUGAGCCCGCAAGCUAGAAAAAAAAAGAGCUCGUCUUGCUACUGUUGUUAUACUGCUGUUGCGUUUUCUGUGUAUGUGCGUGGAUGUGUUAGCUGUAUGCUCUUGUUCCAGUGAGGUGAACCGUGGACAUGCUGGUGUGGUGUCCAGAAAGAUAUGCUCAAAGUUCGCUCUGUAAUUUUCGAAGCAGAUGAACUGUGUUACUACUUUUUACUCUAGUAAAAACUGUUUCUUUGGCUCA